AUGACGCAGUUACCGGUAGAACUUAGUGGAGUUUGGUUUGACGCCAACGACAGCUUGCGUUUGGCCAUCUCGACAAGAUCACGAGUAUUACGCUUACUACCGUGCACGGUGUCACAGCUGAAGUCAGCAACGGAGCACAAAGACUCCUUCUUUAUACAAGGGAUGGAGAUCAACGAGGUGACUGUUGUGGGUAUCAUCAGAAGAACUAUGCCAACUGUUACGCAUGUUGUGUACUGUCUGGACGACAUGACUGGACCCCCUAUGGAUGUUCAACAGUGGAUGGAUCUUGAGGAUGACAAUUUGAAUGAGAUUAUUCCUCCUGGCACAUACAUCAGAGUAGUGGGCAGCCUUCGCUCCUUUAAGCAUCAUCGCUCCAUGGUAGCUUUCAGCAUUCGCCGCAUAGGGGACCUCAACGAGAUCACCUCACACAUGCUGGAGGUGAUCCAGGCCCAUCUGCUCAGUGACGGGAGCUCCUGUGGCAGGCUGAAGAACAAGGCCAUGACUUCAUCAGUAACGAAUGUGUCACAUAUUGGGGAAGCAUCAGCAUUUGGUUUUACUGCCAGUCAGAGCCAGGUUUUUAAUGUGAUUAAAAGCAGUCCUGCAGCUGAGGGCAUCAGUGUGCAGAACCUGAGAACCAUACUCAAAUCGCUCUCCUCCUAUGACAUCAGGAGCAGUUUGCAGUUUCUUAUAAAUGAAGGUCAUAUUUUUUCAACCACUGAUGAGAACCACUUCAAGUCUACUUAUGGCUAAAGCCCCGCUGGUUUAGCUAGUUUGUGUACAAAAGCAGUAUCUAAAUUUGUAAUUUUUCUGUUUGUUGUAGUUGGUUGCAAACAAUUUGUUAGAAUCACUUGUAAAUGGUCAUUUGUAAUGCUUUCAGUUUUUUUGUUAUUGUUUAAAUUGUA